CAGUCGCACUCAAAACAUUAUUCUCAUCUGACCGCCUUUUCCUGAAUAUUCACUUCCUAGAAAUAUUGGCCAUUGAGCUGUUUCGAAUGUCGUUUGUUUCUUGGGCAACUUUUCUAGACUGUAACGGGAUGACCAUGAUUUUUUUUGUCAUCUAAUUUCACGACUCAAUAGGCCAUUGUGCUACUGACCGUCUGCUACUCAAAAAUUAUAAUUUCUACGUACUUCUCUUGGUGUUACUUGCGAUUUUUAUUCAAGUGCGUUUUAAAGAGGAUAUACGAGCCCUUGUCCACACAAAAGGUCCAUUGAGGAACCCAGAUAUGGAUGCUGAGCAGAACCAGGUGUUGGACACCGCGUCAGAGACUGGAGAGCAACAGGAGACUGGAUCAGGAGACUGCCCCCAGUCACAACUCGACUCUCCAAUAGAGCCUGCAGAAUCACCAGUGACUAGGCAAGAAAUGGAGCAUUUGCAAGAUGUGGUGACAGAAUCAGGAAGGUCAGAAGAAAUGCAAGAGACGGCGCCUAAAGCAGAAAAAUCACCAAAGAAAUUGGUUGUAUCUCCUGAGAAGGUUCCAGAGACCUCUACAGAAGUUGUGACUAAAGCAGCGACGUACCCAGGAAAACAACCAGAACUAGAGAGCUCAACAGAGGUCUCUGAGCCAGCUACAGCAAUGUACGUAGAACGUGAAAACAUCCAGACCGCAGAGCCCAAAAAGCAGCCAAUGCCAGAGAAAACACCAGAGCCUCUAGCAGAGAAUAACAUUGAAACUGCGCCAGAGAAAAUGGCAGAACCCGUCCCAGAGGCUGUUAAACUGUCUGAGCAGGCAGCACCCAAGCCUGUCACACAGCCAGAAUCUGAGGAUGUGAAACUGCUCGAACCAGAAGAGAAAGAGCCUGAGCAAUCUGAGAAGCAGGCAGAAUCUUGUAUUGUGUUGGAGGUGGCGCCAGAGAUGCCAGCGAAGCCUGAAACUGUAAAGGAAGUGGAGGCAGACAAACAGACCGAAGCUGAAAUUGUACCGGAACCAGAGCCAAAGAAACCAGUAGCAGCUGAGACUGUGAAGAAAGUGGAAGCAGAGAAACCAGUAGCAGCUGAGACUGUGAAGAAAGUGGAAGCAGAGAAACCAGUAGCAGCUGAGACUGUGAAGAACGAGAAACUGGUAGAAGCUGAAAUGGUAAAAGAAGUAGAGUCAGAGAAACAGGCAGGUGGUGAUGCAGUGGAGCGGCAGAAGGCAGAAGUUGAUGUGCAGGUCCCUGCUCCUGGCACUCUGUCUUUCGCUUUCCUGGAGCAUGAGCAGACCAAAGCCACCCUUCGCACCUCUCGCACUCUAAUCAUCCUCAGAGGUCUCCCUGGCAGCGGCAAGAGCCUCUUGGCACGUGCCAUUGCAGAUAGCUACCAGGGUCUCUGCACUGUCUGCUGUGCUGAUGACCAUGGUGUGAAACCGGAGAGUCCAGAAGCAUCGGCAGAUGGGUACAAGGCUUUUGACGAUGCUGUGGUAGCCUGCUGCAGUGUAGGAACAUCUGCUCAAGUGAUAGUGGUGGAUGACACCAACCAUACCCAUGAUCGGCUGGCCCGUCUGGGGGAGGUGGCAGAGCAGCACCGGCUGGUGGCCAUGUUUCUGGAGCCCCGCACUGAGUGGAGCAGAGACUUGCCACAGUUGGCCAAGAGAACUCUGCGGGGGCUAGAGGAAGCCCAGAUCCAGGCCAUGAAAGUUCCUCUUGAGGAGACGUCCCUGCCCCUUUUCUUUGGCUGGUUCCUUCUCCCUGGCAUCCAGGACAAGGUCAGGUGCACGUCCAUGGAUUUCCUGAAGACGCUGGACACGCUUGAGGCCUUCAAGAAGCACUUGCCUGACUUCACUGUUGAGGCUGAGAAAGAGGUGGACCUGGAGCAGUAUUUCCAAGCCAAUGGCGCUCUUCAUUGCACUACCAAAUUCUGUGACUAUGGCAAGGCUGAGGGAGCCAAGGAAUAUGCAGACAAAUCAGCUGUUAAAGAGUUGUAUGGCUCUGCGUUCGAGCUGUCUCUCAGUGCACUCUUCGUCACACCUCGCACUGUUGGGGCCCGGGUUUCACUCUCUGAGGAUCAGUUAACCCUGUGGCCUGCCGACGCUGAGAAGGAGGCAGUCCCUCUAGUCCCGGCUGCCGCCACACUGCCCGCUGGCAGCCGUGCCCACAUCACCCUGGGCUGUGCGGAGGGCGUUGAGGCAAAGCAGACGGGCUUCGACCUGCUGGAGAUCCUAGCGCUGCAGCAAGAGGGUCAGGAGGGGGAGCUGGUGGAGGAGAUGGAGCUCGGCUCCCUGGCCUACUACGGCAAGGGGAGGUGGCUGCUCAGUCUGAGGGAGCCCGUCUCCGCCCAGGCCUGCUUCUCCAGCCUCUACGGGCCCAAGAAGGCCGACGCGACCAAGAAAGACGGGGACAAGAAGAAGAAGCAAAAGUGCACCAUACUGUAAAGGAGAGGGGGAAGGUGGUGGUAGUGGAUGGCUCGGGAUGAGUGGCGUACUAGUGUUCUGAUUUGUCUGUGGGGAGGUUUGUGUGUUUGUGCUACUGUUGGGGUUUGGGAGGCGUCGUUGAUAUCCACCCCAAAUCCACAAGCUGUGUGCCUUUCUCUAUUGCUUUGCUGCACAACCCAAGAGGCCUUUAAACCACAGUUUAGGUCAAGCUUAGCAUCUUGUUCAGUGUCUUGUCAUGAGUUUUAGUGCCAUAGUUGCAAUUGGAUAGGAUUUCUGUAGACAAGGCCUGAUUUCAUGGCUCAGAUGUAGUACUGCUUCACCUAGUACCGCUUCUCCCCGUUUGUGACCACUAUUUUUUCCCUACUCAAUUAAUGUCUAACACUAUAUACAACCCCUUCCACAUAUGUCAAUGUUAAGCAUUUAGAUGUGUUUUCAUGUUUGGUGUGAGUGGCUCAAGUAGUAUUUUCAUUGCAUGCCAGGUUUAGCAGAUGUAGCUCUAGUCAUGAUUAGCUUGUUUGCAAAAGAAGUUGCACAUCUCUUUCAGUAAUUUCUCGUGACACUGGUAAUUUCCUGUGAUUAGUCAGUCAGCCCUGUCAUGUGUUUGUGCAUUUGUGUGUGUGUUUGGUACGACGGAAAGAGCUGGGUAAUUUCAUAAGUAGCUCAUGGGCCAAAAAGGGUGUCUGUGUGCUUGAUCUGAUGAACUGUGAAUGUCAUUCAUAGAGGCCAUUCCUAAUUAACUCUUUUUGCACGAUGCAGCAGAAAUCAAAGGGAGAGUGCUGAUGAAUGUGCAGUUUGUUUCAUUAGCUGGCACUUGGUACUUAUCAAAUGCUGUGAAACCAAGGCCACAAUUUGCAAUAUUCUGUAGUAUAGGAGACUGCAGUCUGGGAUCAUCCCUCUUUCUGUUAACCAGUUUUUGCAUGUCAACUUGUAUGUAUCCACUGUCUGUUCAUGACUGAUGUGUAGGUCUCUUAGGGCAAAGCCAUGCUUGUGUAGUUCUUCCAAUGAGUCACUAUUUUUGCACAUGUUUUGUACACUUAUUAAAGGAAUUUGUUUUGCGCCAAA